AGAGCUCGAUGGAUGCCAGCGGUGACUGAACGCGCUCCAUAGGCCCGCGUUGAAAAGCUGAAAAGCAGCCGAGCGUCUGAAUCAGAGGCUCUUGUUUGGUUUUGGGGCUUUUUCUCUUCAGCGAAUGUUCUCCCAGCCAUAUCAGCCCAACUUGCAGUCAGUCUGAUAAAGGCUCUGCGCGGCGGCGCUUUCUUCUCCUUCCUCUUCUCCUUGUUGUUUGGGUCUCGAUCAUAUCGUCCAGAAUGGGGGCAGACUCCUCGCAGUGGUCCGGCUGGGUGGUCAGCGCGGUUGAAAGGCGAAGGGCAUCGGCUCUCUGGAUGUAAACAAAGCCGUUCUUCUUCUUUCUCUCUUUCUCCUUCCAGCUGGGAGAGCAAACGAGUGAAUUGAUGCUCCCCUUCCAGUGGUGUAACGGGUGCUUCUGCAGUUUGGGACUGAUCUACUCCAAUAGGACCUGCACUAUGCCGCCUGUCACCUUCCAAGACCUGCCACUCAACAUCUACAUGGUCAUCUUCGGCACAGGCAUCUUCGUCUUUGUGCUCAGCCUCAUAUUCUGUUGCUACUUCAUAAGUAAAUUGAGGCACCAAGCCCAAAGUGAGCGGUUUGGAUAUAAAGAGGUCAUCCUGAAAGGGGACACUAAGAAGUUGAAUCUUCAUGGGCAGACGUGUGCCGUGUGCCUGGAGGACUUCAAGGUGAAGGAUGAACUGGGUGUGUUGCCAUGCCAACAUGCCUUCCACAGGAGGUGUGUGGUGAAGUGGCUGGAGGUGCGGUGUGUGUGCCCCAUGUGCAACAAGGCUCUGUCUGGAGCCACUGAACAGCACCAGAGUAUAGGCACCCUGCUGGACGAGCUGGUCUAGAGCCUUCUAGAAUCGGACAGAACUGGAGGCACACUUGGGGUGGGCAGUAUCUCUCUAUGAAGAGACCCUUAGAGCACAGAAGUGGCUCCUGCCCAGUCCUUCUGCUACUCUCUUUAACACACUCUCACAUUUGACCUCUGACUCCAGUUUACUUUUACCAGUAGAUUUGACUAUGAUCUGCUGGACUUUGACCAGCACUGACCAAGUCUCGAACUCAGACUGUGAGGCUGAGACUGGAACUCUGACUGCAAUGAUUUCCACUAGGGGUCCAAGCACCAUGUGAAGAAACAGGACCAGCAGAAGAUAAGCAGCUUCCGGAUCAUUCCAACACCCAGUCUGGACACUGCCGCUGAGUAGACCACUGCUCGGUGUGGACACUGCCAUUGAAUUAACCACAGCUCAGUGCACUUUGCCCUGUGGGGUCCUACACAAUGUUGUGUGUUGCGUGUUUGUGUUGUUUUGUUUUGUUAUUUUGUUUUUUUAUUGCUAUCUGAUCUGUCUCUGCGCCGCCCACAGAUGUUCUUUAGUAGUUAUCGCCGGUAGGUGGACAAGCUUUACAGGACAUUAGGAAGAAUUCCAUUCCAUUUGUGGUGAGUUAUUCAUUUCAAAUUAUAUGUAUUUGUAUAUGUCUGAAAGGUCCUCCUGUUAGUUUAGAUCAUAUAUGGUUUUAUUUUGACAAAUAUUCCAGCUACAGCUAGCAAUAGUUAUAGUAUAUUACACACAAUUAUAAGCUAAGAAUCGCUCAACCAGUUUGCGUUGAAAUUCCUGUAUAAUAAGCCGAGUAAUAAGCCUUUGUCUGUAAUAAGCCUGGGAUGUCAAGGGGUUAAAUUAGCCACCGCAGCAGUACAAAAGUCAGAGACCACCUUCAGAGACCAAGUCUUCCAGUCAAAAGAUAUUAAAGGGAAACUCCACUGAUUUAGCAAAAUUACUUCAUCAUUCAAUGGUGUAGAUGCAACAAAAUCAUUCAGAGUGGUUUGGUGUGAAAUGCGCCUUUCUAGAGAAAUGUACAGUCGAAAUUGUUCACCAUUGUAGUUCUAGGAACCAGACGUCUGUAUGUCUACACUACAAAUAUCACCAUUUUAUCUGCUAUCCAAAAUAACCAGUGAGCUUACGUGUGUCAUAAGUUUUCAUAAGUCUGAUGAUGGUAAAAUAGUGCUAAGUUUUCUUUGGGUACUAUUUUUCCUUACAGCGACCUGCAUGUAUGGCGUCAAAUCCAAUUCAAAAUUCCCAAGCGAGCAAAACCACUCUUGCGCGAGGAAAACCACCCUCGCGCACAUGCAGUUACUCAUGCAGAAGCAGAAGCCCUCGUGCAGAAGGAAAUUAGCUCUGUUCCUUCUGCUCGCUGUUCAGCUUCUGCUGGUGCAAGAGUUUAAUUCACUUUUGACAGCUGUGAGCGGGUCCUGCCAUAUCAUUGUCUACUACUGAUUUCUGGGAACUGUGUUGUGAUUGGCUGGUUGUCAGUGAUCAUCAGAGCUUUUGCUGCAUAUAAAAAAACGGGAACAGGCCUUUCACUCUAGAAGACGACCUUCAUAGUCCUCCAGUGCAGCCACCUGUACUUCUGGUUUUGUGAAUGUUCAAUGAUCAUGAUCAACCACUCAGGUUUUCCUCGUGUAAGAGCGGUUUUGCUCGCUUACUAAUUUUGAAUUGGAUUUGACACCAUACUGCGUGUAUCAAACAAUGCAUUUAGAACCAUUUUGUGUAAUAACUUAACAGGAUGUAGGUUUUAGAGGCAUUAAAUGCUUCGGACGUCUGGUUCCUAGUGCGGUUAUGGUGAACAGUUGUGACUCAGCAAAUUUCUCUAGAAAGGCACAUUUCACACCAAAACACUCUGAAUGAUUUUGUUUAUAUCUAAACCAUUGAUUAAGUCAUUUUAAGCGAUUAAGUCAUUUUGCAGCAUUAAUUAUAAUUCAUAAUAUUUUCAACAUCAGGAUGAAAAACAGAAAACAUUUUGCUGCUGUUGGAUCAAAUCCUCGUAUCUCCAAGAUGGUAACUUUACAGGAGAAGGGGAAAAAACCUCCUU